CAUCCGCAUCUAUCAAUCAAAUCUCAUUCUCCUGUACCGAUACCGAACGCUGCACUUGCCACAUUAUGGGAACUGAAGUUGGAGUUUCUGAGCCGUUGAUAGCACCUAGUGAGAAAAUCUCCGCUGCCGACGAGGACGAUCAGACGGUUCCCGAAUGGAAGGAUCAGAUAACCGUCAGAGGGCUGGUGGUGAGCGCGAUUAUGGGGACUUUGUUCUGUAUCAUCACGCACAAGCUGAAUCUGACGGUGGGGAUCAUUCCGUCGCUCAACGUUGCUGCCGGAUUGCUCGGCUUCUUCUUUGUGAAAUCGUGGACUAGUUUUUUAUCCAAGUUAGGGUUCUCGAUUAAGCCUUUUACCAGACAGGAGAACACCGUCAUUCAAACUUGUGUUGUCGCUUGCUAUGGCCUCGCAUUUAGCGGGGGAUUUGGUUCUUAUUUGCUUGCAAUGGAUGAGAGAACAUAUCAACUAAUUGGUGCUGACUACCCCGGUAACCGGGCAGAAGAUAUUUUGAACCCAGGAUUGGGUUGGAUGAUCGGUUUUCUGUUUGUUGUCAGUUUCCUUGGGCUUUUCAGUCUUGUACCACUUCGUAAGGUUAUGGUCUUGGAUUAUAAACUUACAUAUCCCAGUGGGACAGCCACAGCAAUGUUGAUAAAUAGCUUUCACACCAACUCUGGAGCUGAGCUUGCAGGGAAGCAAGUCAGCUGUCUUGGAAAAUAUUUAAGCAUGAGUUUAUUUUGGAGCUGCUUUAAGUGGUUCUUUAGUGGCAUUGGGGAUUCUUGUGGAUUUGACAAUUUUCCCACCCUUGGUUUGACUCUAUUUAAAAACACGUUUUAUUUUGACUUCAGUCCAACUUAUGUUGGAUGUGGACUUAUCUGUCCCCACAUUGUGAACUGCUCUGUUCUUUUUGGGGCUGUUAUAUCCUGGGGUUUUCUCUGGCCUUUCAUCUCCCAACAUGCUGGGGACUGGUAUCCAGCUGACCUGGGUAGCAAUGAUUUUAAAGGUCUUUAUGGAUAUAAGGUAUUCAUAGCUAUUGCUCUUAUCCUUGGAGAUGGCCUUUACAAUCUGAUCAAGAUAAUAGCUAUAACUGUCAAAGAAAUGUGCAACAAAAGCACCAAACAGAGCAAACUUCCAAUUGUCAAUGAAGUUCUAGAUUCUGAGAGUUCCAAAUUGUUACUGGGUAAAAAAAAAAGAGAUGAUAUCUUUUUAAAAGACAGGAUACCCACCUGGCUUGCAGCUUCUGGAUAUGUGGGCCUGGCAGCUAUAUCAACAGCAACAAUUCCAAUCAUCUUUCCACCUCUCAAGUGGUACUUGGUUCUCUGCUCAUACCUUAUUGCCCCUGCACUAGCAUUCUGCAACUCUUAUGGCACUGGACUUACAGACUGGAGCUUGGCUUCAACUUACGGAAAGAUUGGUCUUUUUAUCAUUGCUUCUCUUGUUGGAAGCAAUGGAGGGGUUGUUGCUGGGUUAGCAGCUUGUGGCGUUAUGAUGUCCAUUGUUUCCACUGCAGCCGAUCUCAUGCAGGAUUUUAAGACAGGUUAUCUCACUCUAUCAUCAGCCAAGUCUAUGUUUGUGAGCCAGUUGGUAGGAACAGCCAUGGGUUGUGUCAUUGCCCCACUCACAUUCUGGAUGUUUUGGACGGCUUUUGAUAUUGGUUCACCUGAUGGUCCGUACAAAGCACCAUAUGCUGUGAUAUUUAGGGAGAUGGCCAUUCUAGGCAUUGAGGGCUUCUCGGAGCUGCCCAAGCACUGUCUGGCCAUAUGUUGUGGGUUCUUUGUGGCUGCUCUGCUUAUUAACCUCCUGAGGGAUGUGACGCCAAAGAAAAUCUCACAGUUUAUUCCUAUUCCAAUGGCUAUGGCAGUUCCAUUUUAUAUUGGAGCAUACUUUGCAAUUGACAUGUUUGUGGGUACAGUGAUAUUGUUUAUAUGGGAGCGAAUCAAUCGCAAGGAUGCAGAGGAUUAUGCAGGGGCAGUUGCUUCAGGUUUAAUAUGUGGUGAUGGCAUUUGGACAAUACCAUCUGCAGUUCUAUCUAUUUUCAGGAUCAACCCACCCAUCUGCAUGUACUUCGGUCCUGCUGCUGGUAGCUGAGCUGGGAAAUUGCCGUCUCAGGCUGUGUUGUUGUAGUUGUUGUUUGUUCAUCGAACACCAUUGUUUAUUGGAUUCUGUAAAUAUGUCUGUUGUAUAUUUCUCGAACGAACUUAACAACUUGUCUUAUCAAACGCAAAUUUGCGUUUACGGGAUGGGAAGAAUGAUUUGCAUAAACAAUCUUGAUUAGGAAUGAAGUUAGCACACUUGUAUAGAAUA